UUCAGUUUGCCCAAAAACUUUUUCAAAAGCCAAACAAGAAGUAACAAUAAAGUAGAAAAUAUCAAAAAUUUUACAAAAUGUCGCAACAGGAUCGAAAUCGUAGUGCCACACCACCACCACGUCCUCCUCGUGGCCCGCCUGUACCACCGCGUGCCCCAGAAUCUCCAGAUGGAACAAGACGCACAGUGCGUACCCCUGAUUCUGUGCGGGGGAAUGCACCCACACGUGCUCAAUUGGCUCAAAGAGCACCGGGUUCGGCUCCGCGAACAUCGACUGCGGCUGCGGCUGCGGCUUCUGCUCCCCAGGACGAUAACAGGCCUACUGGAUCUGUGCAGGGCACUUCGACUGAGGCACGCGAGAAACCCAGGCGCAAUUUCUUCAAAAGGGGUGAAAAUCCGUCAACAGAACGUCGAUCUACUGUACGUUCAGGGCAUCGGGAAUCCGUAGCAGCCGGCCAUGGUAAUCUGAAAGUGAAAACCUCACGUAUUCUGUAUACCACCGAUGAGGAAGUUCGUGAUGCUUUGAUGGAGUUUGGAGUGUUUAUAAUAUUUUUGAUAUUGACAUCGUUUGUUACUCUUUCGGUGCGUCAUUCGUAUAUGUUUUACUUCAAUGACACAAUGAAGAAAUUGUUUACCACCCGGGAUAUGAUGGUGGCACCUUCAGUGACUAUAAAUUUUGAGAAACUGAUCACCGUGCCAGACUGGUGGGAUUAUUUACUAUAUAGUUUUUUGGUAAAUUUGCAUGGCGAUAUGCAUCAUCCGCCCUUAAAUGACACGGCAAUGGAAACGGAAACUACCGAAAAUAGCGAAGAUGCCGAAGAACCCCCUCCUGAGGAGGAGGAAGAAGCUGAUGAAGAGGGUGAGGAGGUUGAAGAUGUGUCAUCUGAUGAACCGAGUCGCAAAAAAAGAUUUGUCUGGGAUAAUGACCAUAUAGAAUACGAUGGCGAUUUAAAUUAUAUGGAAAAGGCUCGCAAACAUCGGCAGGCUGUGCCACCGGACAGGGCAGGGUCUGGUCGCAAAGGUUCUACUGGCGGUGGCCCUAGUGCCGGGGGUGCUGGUUUAGGUGGUAACUACGGGUCUUUUAACGGGUCGGGUACCCCUCAUCUGCAUGGCCGUGUUUUUCUACAUGAGAAUCUGCUAUUGGGACCGCCACGAUUGCGUCAGAUACGUGUUCGCAGAGAGAGUUGCUAUGUGAAUGAUGCAUUUAUACGGUAUUUUAAUACAUGUUAUGCCGCCUAUUCGGCUGGUGCUGAGGAGAAUACGGGUUACCAUAAGGGUACCAAAUUUCGUACCAUGAGUGAACUAGAUAGUACUCCUUUAUGGACUGUCUUGACAUUCUAUCGCACUGGUGGUUAUACAGUCGAUUUUACAUAUAAUAAGGAAAAAAAUCAAGCUAUAAUCCAUGAUUUGAGAGAGAAGCAUUGGCUAGAUCGUGGAUCACGUUUAUGUUUAGUCGAAUUUAAUCUAUACAAUGAGAAUACAGAUAUCUUUCAGAGUGCCAAGCUUAUUGCAGAAAUUCCACCAACUGGUGGGGUUAUACCUCAGGCGCAUUUGCAAACAGUGAAACAAUAUUCCUUCUUUACCGAUCGCAGUCUUCUCAUGACAGUUAUAUAUAUAUUCUGGUAUAUCAUGGUUGUAUAUUAUACAAUUUAUGAGAUUGUGGAGAUACGUAAGACGGGAUUGCGUAACUAUUUUAGAUCGCUAUUAAAUAUUCUCGAUUCAAUUAUAUUGCUGUUUUGUUAUUGUGCACUAAUCUAUAAUAUUUGGCAUACCAUAAAAGUGGUUUCUUUAACUGAUCGAGUCAAAAACGACGAAGAAUAUCAAAGUCUAGACGGUUUAUGUUAUUGGAAUACCAUUUAUGUGGAUAUGAUGGCCAUAUUGGCAUUUUUGGUAUGGAUUAAAAUCUUUAAAUUCAUAUCAUUCAACAAGACUUUGGUACAAUUUACCACGACUCUAAAGCGGUGCUCCAAAGAUUUGGCCGGUUUCAGUUUGAUGUUUGGCAUUGUCUUCUUAGCCUAUGCCCAAUUGGGGCUUUUAUUAUUUGGCACUAAGCAUCCAGAUUUUCGUAAUUUUAUUACUUCGAUCUUAACCAUGAUUCGUAUGAUAUUGGGUGACUUUCAAUAUAAUCUCAUCGAGGAGGCAAAUCGUGUCUUGGGUCCUAUAUACUUUCUAACCUAUAUAUUGCUAGUGUUCUUCAUAUUACUGAACAUGUUCUUGGCCAUCAUUAUGGAGACUUAUAAUUCGGUAAAAAGUGAAAUUACUCAAGGGCGCAGUCAAUUGGGCUCGUAUGUGUAUAAAAAAUUGGCGGGUGCCAUUUAUUUCAUAACCCACUGUGGACGCAAGCGUCGUCCUCAACAACAAAGGCAAGUGGAUCCCGCUGCCCGUGACGAUGAUAAUGAUGAUUCGGGACAACAAUAUGAUCAGCCCAAAGAAUUGAGAAGAAAUAUGACUCCAGCUGAGGCACGUUAUUUUGAGGAAAUUCCAGAUGAUGUUCAAAAUAAGGAAAUGGUUCGUUUAAACAAUCGUGUGGCCUUAUUGGAGGAGAUUUUAGAACAAUUGGUAACUAACAUGGAUGCGAUACUGAAGCGUGUAGAACGCGAAGCUAAUAGAAGAAGAUAGGUAGAAACAAUUGUUAAGAUUCCUUUUUAAAUUUUGUUACGUUUUAUGUUGUUGGGCUUGGUUUAAUUUCGAAUUUUUUGAAUAAAAUGUGUAUAAUGGCAUAUUUCCUUUUCUUUGGAGAUGCUUUAGCCUAAUCAAAUACAA